CAGUCGCGGCCCAGGUAAGCCGCGGCUCCGCUGGGCGGGGCGGGAGCGCCCCUCCUCCCCAGCGAGGCGCUGAACCCGGGGCGGGCGGCGGAGGCUGCCGGGGCGCGGCGAGCGCUGAUUCUCUCCUCGACAGGCCGGCAGGGAGGAAGGAGACCCCCAGGAGACACCAGGAGCUCGGCGCCCUCCUUCUUUAGAACCAACGUGGCCCACCAUGUCCAUCAUGGUGGGCCUGAAUGACACCCAAUCGGAGAGGAUGACAGGCGAUGACAUCAUCCUCCAAACACGCCAGGUGAUGAAGGGGCUGGAAGCCCUGCGCAGCGAGAACCGCAGCAUCCACUUCCACCUGCAGGAGGCUCUGCUGAAGGAGCGGCAGCUGAUGGAUGAGAGGGAGACCCCCCUGGCAGCCGCGGAUGCCCAGGCCCUGGAGCUGCUGGAAGAGAAGCAGGACCUCGUCUGCAGGAGCCUGGAAGGCAUAGAGCUGGGCAUUGCCGAAGGCCAGAUGCUGAUCGCCCUCUCCUCCCACAUCGGGGCGCUGGAGGCGGAGAAGCAGAAGCUGCGGGCCCAGGUGAGGCGCCUGGGCCAGGAGAACCUCUGGCUGAGGGAGGAGCUGGCCGGCACCCAGCUGCGGCUCCAGCACAGCGCAGAGGCCGUGGCUCAGCUGGAGGAGGAGAACAAGCACCUGCGCUUCCUGAACCAGCUUAAGCACUACGAGGCCCGGGAGGAGCAGGUGGAGACAGAGGAAGGCUUUCUCAGCACGGAUGACGACCAAAGGCCAGAGGGGCAGAGUCCAGGUGUCGCCGCCUUGGCAGCUCAGCAGGGCGGGUACGAGAUCCCAGCACGCCUGCGGACACUGCACAACCUGGUGAUCCAGUACGCUUCUCAAGGGCGCUACGAGGUGGCCGUGCCGCUUUGCAAACAGGCCCUGGAGGACCUGGAAAAGAGCUCCGGGCACAGCCACCCGGACGUGGCCACGAUGCUCAAUAUCCUGGCCCUGGUCUACCGGGACCAGAACAAGUACAAGGAGGCCACGGAGCUGCUCAAUGACGCCCUGGACAUUCGUGAGCAGGCGCUGGGCGUGGAGCACCCUUCCGUGGCGGCCACCCUGAACAACCUGGCUGUGCUGUACGGUAAGCGAGGGAAGUACCAAGAGGCUGAGCCGCUGUGCAAGAGGGCCCUGGAGAUCCGAGAGAAGGUGCUGGGCGCCGACCAUCCAGACGUGGCCAAGCAGCUGAACAACCUGGCCCUCUUGUGCCAAAACCAGGGCAAGUUCGAAGAGGUGGAACAGUAUUACCAGCGGGCCCUUCGCAUCUACCAGAGCCAGCUGGGCCCCAGCGACGGCAACGUGGCCAAGACCAAGAAUAACCUGGCCUCGUGUUUCGUGAAACAGGGCAAGUUCCAGCAGGCUGAGCAGCUGUACAAGGAGAUUCUCUCCCUGCAGGACCAGGAGCUGAGCACCCCCAGGGCUGAUUAUAGCUGGACAGGAGCUGGCCACACCUGGGAAGGGCAGGAGGGGAUGAGGCGCAGCAGCUCCUUCUCUCGCUUCCGGGACUCCCUCAAGCGCAGCAGUGAGAAGCUGGUCUCCAAGCUCCGGGGCCAGGCAGUGGGGCAGCCCAAGGAAGCUGCAGCCCCCAGGAUGACACGGGCCACGUCCCUCAACCUGCUGCAUGUGAACGAGGGUGCAGCUGUCGCAGCCCCAAAGCCCACCCGGAACCUGAGCACCAGCAUCCAGGACCUCACGCACCGCACCGCCCACUAGGCCCACUGGCCUUCACUCUCCCUGGCUGAGGCCAGGCCUAACCUGCGUCACUUGUUGGUUCAAGCACUUCACCUGGCCCUCCCUGGGCUGAGCACUGCAUGCACGGGAGGUCCCCCUUGGGGGGAGCAAGCGCCCCUCCCGACUCACAGAGGACUGUUUCUCAGGAAUGGAGCAGCUGCUGCCAUCCCAAAGGAUCACAAGGAGGGGAGCUUCUCCCCCCUCGCUAUUGCCUUAAACUCCUUGGGGGCAGGAGCAGCAGCCUGUUCCCCCCUCCCCUCACUAUGGCUCUUGUGAAGCCAAACCUUAGUUUAUUUAUGCACCUUAUUUUUCCUUAAAUAAAGUCUGCUGGGAAU